AAAUGUUAGAAACAGGAAAGAUUGGAAAGAAGAAAAAUGUAUCUAGAAAGACCUCAAAGAGAUUAAAGUACAGAUACAACCAUUAUUCUUUGGUCAAUAGUAAUAAAAAGAUUGCUAAGAAACUCAAUAGCGACAUACCAUGUGAUUCAGAUGAGAACAUAAAUAAAAAUAAAAAGAAAUUAAUAAUACCUUCUAAAUAUUUAAAAGACUUGCCAAAAAGAAAGCUUAAAACCGCUUCUAGCACCAGAAGAGAACCCAAAUCUCAAAACAACUACAAAACCCCUCAAAACUUCCUUAAAACUCCCCCAUACAAACUUCUAAAACAAAACCAAUUCAAGUUCCACAUGAACACCAGAAACUCCCACCUCAACCCCUCCCAGACCACUCUCCACUCCAAAUACGAACAGAAUCGCCGAAAGGUCAUAUACCAGAGAUUGGUCAAGAAUGAUAGCGUAGUGAGCCUGAAGAUUAGUGAUGAAGAACUUCGAGGCAAGGAGAGUCAGCUCAAUUAUAUAAAGACUAUAAUCUCAGAGAACAAGAGAAAGAGGAAAAGAAAGCCAAAGAAAGAUCUUCUAAUCGGAGUUAUGCCUAAGGGUAUUAAGCCUCUCAAAGACUGAAUUUUGAUCAAUCCAACACCUGCGAAUGGUUUCACACCAGAUGGAGUAAAGCGAGAAAGAUUCAGAGCAUGAGAUUCUCUCAUCCAGUCUGAAUACAAAGAUCUUCCUGCCUGCAGAUUGGUCAUGCAAACUAUUGGAAGUCCAGUUAUUUAUAAAAACGACUCACUUUCAAAUACAAUUAACGAAUCCCUCAAAAAUUUCAGAAGACAAGCCGAAAAAUUCACCCCAUUCUCUUUCAAAAGUGUAAAAUAAACGAAACUCCUCUGCUUUAUACAAGAAACACAACCCCAAUCUCUCCAACUACACUCUCAACCUCGAAGUCCCCUCACAAUCCCUCCCCCAAAACUCCUACACAUCCAUGAACACCUCCCACUCUAAAGACCCUCUCCCUCGUCCCUCCAAACUCUACAGGCCCAGUUCCAAAAUUCUCACUCGGCGGCAAUUCUCCUUAUCCAAUUCCCGCUUCUAGAGCCCCUUAAAUCCCAAUUUCU